GACACAAGCUAGAGAGAGAAGACUAUAACUCCAAAGUCCAGUUCCUGAUAGUUUUCAGAAAUGAAGAUCAGCUUUUUCCAGAUGUGGUGCCUUAUCCUCUUCUGUCUUCCUGUCUGGGCUGAUGCAGCCUCCAUGUACGGUGAGAUCUUGUCCCCCAAUUAUCCUCAGGUGUAUCCCAAUGAUGUACAGGAGUCUUGGGAAAUCGAGGUUCCCCCAGGAUACGGCAUUCACCUUUAUUUCACACAUCUGGAUCUUGAACCAUCGCAGAACUGCGAAUACGACUCUGUGAAGAUCCUGUCUGGUGUCCAUGUUGAAGGCCUGCUCUGUGGGCGAAAGAAACCUCGUGUCCCUGGCUCCUCAAUUGUGGAGGAAUUUUAUGUCCCUUAUAACAUCCUGACCAUGACCUUCCAAUCUGAUUUUUCCAAUGAGGAACAUUUCACUGGUUUUGCAGCCUACUAUGUUGCAGUGGAUUUGGAUGAGUGCACGGAUUUUGUGGAGGAACCUUGUAGUCAUUACUGCAAUAACUAUAUUGGUGGUUACUUCUGUACCUGCCCACCAGAUUAUUUCCUUUAUGAGGAUAAGAAAACAUGUGGAGUGAACUGCAGCGGGAAUGUCUUCACUGAGCCAUCAGGAGAGAUCACUAGCCCCAACUAUCCCAAUCAGUACCCAGAGAACUCGCGGUGUGAGUACCGAGUGGUUCUGAGGCCAGGCUACUUUGUGGCAUUGACCAUACACAGUGGUGACUUCGACGUGGAACCGGCUGACUCAAAAGGGAGUUGCCACGACAGUUUAACACUUGUCUCUGGAGAACAGCAUUUUGGUCCCUACUGUGGCAGCAAAUUCCCAGGUCCUCCAGAAAUCAAAACCAGGAACAAUAUUCUUGACAUAAUCUUCCAAACAGACCAUGCAGUGCAGCGCAAAGGCUGGAAAAUACGCUACCAUGGGGAUUCCAUAACCUGUCCCCAAACUGUAAUCCCCAACGCUGUUCUUGACCCGAAGAAGGACAGGUAUAUCUUCAAGGACAAUGUGAAGGUGACCUGUGUGGAAGGCUAUGAAAUUGUGAGGCAACGAGACAGCCUAAUGACUUUUCACUCCAGCUGUCAAGACAACGGUGAAUGGAGCAACUCUCACUUCAGCUGUGUUCCGGUGAACUGUGGUGAACCUACCCCUAUUGACAAUGGCCAAGCCAUAUACAUCUCUGAACUUCAUGAGCCUCUGUAUAAAGCCGUUUUCCGCUAUCACUGUGACGCACCUUACUAUACUCUAAAAACUAAAGGUGAAGCGGUGUAUCAGUGCUCAGCCAAUGGACUAUGGGUCAGUGAAGAGAUGGGAAGUGAGCUACCAAAAUGUGUUCCAGUCUGUGGGGUGCCCAGUAAACCCAUCCAGGAGACAGCAAAGAUUUUUGGAGGAACCCGUGCAGAAAAGGGAAACUUUCCCUGGCAGGUCUAUUUUGAAUACCCACGAGGAGGUGGGGUGCUCAUCUCUGAAAGAUGGGUAAUGACUGCAGCUCAUGUGCUGGAGGGAUAUGACAAGCCCACCAUGUAUGCUGGUGUAAUCAAUGUUGGUGGACAAUCUUUGCUCCGGGAGGCCAAACUGCUGGUUCCAGAGACUUCAUUCAUCCAUCCUGAUUGGAAAAAGCAGCCCGCAGAAACUAGGACUGAUUUUGACAAUGACAUUGCACUACUGAAGCUGACGGAACCUGUGAAGAUGGGCCCAAACAUCUCGCCCCUCUGUCUCCCUGGUAAAUCACCUGAAUAUGAGCUGCAAGAAGGGACUCUGGGCUAUAUUGCUGGCUGGGGCCAGAGAGAGAAAGGAAGAUUGCCUAUUUAUCUUUGGAAGGCCCAGAUUCCGGUGGUGGGCAUGGAUGAGUGCCGUUCUGUUAAGCCAGAGGGCUCUGCUGAUUCCAGUGCUUACCGAUUCACUGACAAUAUGAUCUGUGCUGGUGGUGGCAAGGACAGCUGUAAGGGGGACAGUGGUGGAGCUUAUGCCAUCCAAGAUCCCCUUGAUGAGAGCCGGUACUAUGUGGCUGGGCUGAUCUCCUGGGGACCAAGAUGUGGUACCUUUGGUCUUUACACCAAAGUAGUGCGUUAUUUGGACUGGAUUACAGAGACAAUGAGCAAGCAUGAGGAAGCAGAAACAUCGCAGGAUUAGCUCGUUCUCCAUUAAGCACUGUCACUCUUCCUAAAUGUGAGGGUCACAUGUUAAGAUAGGAAGGUUGACUGAGAUCCUUUUCACUUUUUGUGUAUAACAAGCCAACAAGGUGAUUUAUCUCUGUGCUGAGUGGAGAGUCAGGAAUCAGUCUCUCCCACUGUCGUCGUGUCUGGGAAUGGAAUUUAUCUUUCUUCCUCCACUCAUAGCAGCAAAAGAGGAAGAUACCAUUCUAAAUAAAGAGGCCCCUUCUGCUUCCUCUCAUUUUUUCUAUCCCAUCUUUUCCCACUUAGAGAAAAGCUAGUCAUGCUCCACCUGACAGAGACAUGUCAAUGAAGACAAGAGAGAAUAAUUGUUGAUUCCCAGGAUAGGUUCAGAGCCUGGCUUCUGUAUUUCUUGUAUCAUUCAGAAUAUCUUAACAGCAUUAAAGAAUGUCCACAUCUGCUUA